UACAGAGCAGAUUCACAACCGAGGCCUGUCUACUACAAUCAAUGGAAACACAUUGAACAAAGAUAACCACCAUAAUAACAGUGCCUCAAUACUCGCUACAGAUUCUAAAAGACCUCAGACCAUUGUUACUCUUCCCACAUUUCCUGCGGUCUCCGAAGAGGAAGCGAAAGGACGUGCUGAACGAUUUGUUUCAAUGUUCAGGGACGUCGCAAUGGUCUCGAGCCAGAUCAUACAAGAUACAGUUCUUCUCGACCAAGAAGAACGCAAACUGCAAACAUUCAAUGAAAUAUCAAGUACGCUGGCUAAGAUUUCUGCCUCCUCGGCAGCAUCAGUCGCAGGUCCUAUCGCCGAUAUACUCCUAGCUCAUGCACAAAGCAAGGAGCGACUGGACGAGAACUUUCGCCUCCUUGGAGCAGCAUGGGAGAAAGUAUUCAAUAGUCUUAUGGUCGAGUUCAGCAUGGGCCUGGAGAAUAGGCUUCAAGCAGCUCUAGCUUCCGUCAAGAACGAGGCAGAAAUAGUCAUGAACGGCAUCAGAGUCGAAUCGAAUUCACUCAAAAGGCGGAGUGAUCGAGCAUCGAUGUCUCCAGAGCCUGAUCGCCAAAGAAGGAGGUCAAGGGACCACAGAACAAAUGAAGAGCAUAAUGGCUCCUAUCGGCGUAGUCGCUCCUCCACGCGAGACCGUAAGCGGCGAAAACUGGCACCCUCGAGUCGUUCUUGUUCUCCGGAUCCUGGUCUGGAUCCUAAAGGCGAGGCUCAUUCCAGCAGAAACUCAAUUGUUAGAGUUUCUCUGGACGACAUUCUCAAUCAAAUGAAGAUGAAAAUCGAUCAACAAACUAAUUCCUUGCAACAAUUGUCUAAGGAAAACGAGGAGCUAAAGAGCAAGUUGCAAUCUCCGCCGCAAGGUCCGAAGUCGCAACGUACGGAACCCGGAAGCGGGCCCGCAACAAGUUCAGCAAGUGGAAAAAAGAAUUUUGCUCAUACGUAGUGAGUCAUGUCCUUUCAUUUUACCAAGUCUUUUUAAUGGAUAUCUACGUGCAGCGAGAGCGAGACCCAUUAUCCUUCUGGUUAUCAUCACAGUUCUCGAAGUGGCUACAGGGGUUAAUCCUUUGCUUAGUUACAUAAGUUUGUGCUUCCCGGUUUUUCUUUUCAUACUUAUUUUCUGCACAUUAUAAUACAGAGUAUUCACUGCCGAGCUUCGAAUACUUGACUCUGUAGAUCUGUCAUCAAGAUCACUUAUUCUUAACCAAUUUGGGACGCC